CCAACACCCGGAGCUGUCACCAACAAUGUCACCAACACCGUCACCAACACCCAGGGGGUCCCCAACACCCAUAGAUGUCACCAACAGUGUCACCAACACCCAUAGAUGUCACCAACACCGUCACCAACAGCCAGAAGUGUCACCAAUAAAGCCUACAGGAUCCCCAACACCCAGAGCUGUCACCAACAAUGUCACCAACACCCAGAGAUGUCACCAACAAUGUCACCAACACCGUCACCAACACCCAUAGAUGUCACCAACAGUGUCACCAACACCCAUAGAUGUCACCAACACCGUCACCAACACCCAGAAGUGUCACCAAUAAAGCCUACAGGAUCCCCAACACCCAGAGCUGUCACCAACAAUGUCACCAACACCCGGAGAUGUCACCACCAACACCCCCAGUGUCCCCAACAGCCGGAGCUGUCACCAACAGUGUCACCAACACCCAUAGAUGUCACCAACACCGUCACCAACACCGUCACCAACACCCAGGGGGUCCCCAACACCCGGAGCUGUCACCAACAGUGUCACCAACAGCCAGAAGUGUCACCACCAACACCCCCAGUGUCCCCAACACCCGGAGCUGUCACCAACAGUGUCACCAACACCCAGAGCUGUCACCAACACCGUCACCAACAGUGUCCCCAACACCUGAAGCCACCCUGGAUGUUGUCACUGUCCCCAACACCCGGAGCUGUCACCAACAAUGUCCCCAACAGCGUCCCCAACACCUGGACCUGUCCCCAGCACCUGAAGCCACCCUGGAUGUUGUCACCGUCCCCAACACCCGGAGCUGUCACCAACAAUGUCACCAACACCGUCCCCAACACCUGGACCUGUCCCCAACUCCUGGAGCCACCGUCAGCAUUGUCACCGUCCCCAACACCUGGACUUGUCCCCAACACCUGAAGCCACCCUGGAUGUUGUCACCGUCCCCAACACCCGGAGCUGUGAUUGUCCCCAUAUUGCCCCAC